AUGGGUGCUGCAAAACAAGCUCUUUACUUCCUUUUCCAUCCCAUUCAGCUCCGCAGCAUCAUACAAUGGAAGGUAUGGCACGAUCCGGUGCACCAUCGCGACCCUAGCAAGGAGACCCCAACAGAGGCGUCAUGCUUCAGGUUUCUCAACAAGACGUCUCGCAGCUUCUCCGCCGUCAUACAGGAACUCAACCCCGAGCUCUUGAUGCCCAUCACCCUCUUCUACCUUGUCUUGCGUGGUCUUGACACGAUUGAAGAUGACAUGACCCUUGACGCCAAGACAAAAGAGCCCCUGUUGCGCAAUUUCCACCAAAACAUGGACAUUGAUGGCUGGACCUUUACCGACAACGGGCCCAACGAGAAGGACCGCGAGCUACUCGUACACUUUGAUGACGUGGUUGCCGAGCUCAAGAAGACCAAAGUGGAGUAUCGUGACAUUAUCAAGAGCAUCACUGAGAAGAUGGGCAACGGCAUGGCAGACUUUGCACUCAACGGCGAGCUGAACAAGGAUGGUGUCAUAUCCAUCAAGGACUAUGAGCUUUACUGCCACUACGUGGCGGGUCUGGUCGGCGAGGGUCUGACCCGCCUCUUCGUCCAAUCCAAUCUUGCCAACCCCGCGCUCAACGACCGCCCAGAGCUUACCGAGUCUAUGGGCCAGUUCUUACAAAAGGUCAACAUCAUCCGCGACAUUCGCGAAGACUAUGACGAGGGCAAGAAGUGGUGGCCCAAGGAGAUAUGGAGCAAGCACGUUGAAAAGCUAGAGGACCUUUUCAAGCCUGAGAACCGGCAAAAGGCACUCUACUGCGGGUCUGAGAUGGUCCUGAACGCCCUGAAACAUGCUGAUGAAUGCCUGUACUACAUGGCCGCGGUCAGGGAGCAGAGCGUGUUUAACUUCGUGGCUAUUCCGCAGUCAAUGGCUAUCGCAACCUUGGAACUCGUUUUCAUGAAUCCCGACAUUUUCGACAAGAACAUCAAGAUCACCAAGGGUGACGCCUGCCAGCUGAUGAUCGAGUCAACGCAAAAUCUCAGGGUCGUGAGUGAGGUCUUCCGGCGUUACGUUCGGAAGAUACACCAAAAGGCCGACCCGAGAGACCCUAAUUUCCUGGCUAUCGGCAUCCAGUGCGGCAAGAUUGAGCAGUUCAUCGAGAGGAUAUUCCCAACCCAAGACGUCAACAAGCUGUCGGCCGCGAACAAGGCCAAGGCUGUCCAGCGGGAACAGGAGGACGCCGUGGAUAAGACCGAGGCUCUGUACCUUGUCCUCGCCGUACUCAUCGUCCUGGUGUUCGUCGGCGGCUUGAUGAUUGCACUGGCAUGGUUCCUAGGGGCCAGAUUCGACAAGAUCACCGAGAGCCUCGAGUGGUCCAAACUUUUCCCGCCGAGUACACCGGAUCCGCUGGUCGCACCAGCGCCAGGUGGCGCGCCAGCAACUGGGCACGAGGAACUGUAA